CCUGCAAUUCAAAUGAAAUUUGCCAUUAAAGAAAGAAUCAUUUCAAUGUAUGAAAAGUUGAUAAAAUAUGAGAAGAUCAAACCAGGGUAAACUAAAAAUCAGUAUACGCACUUUCAUGAAAAGCUGGAAGAGAGGAGAAGAGCAGUAAAAGGAAGGCCAAACGAGUAGCCAUGAGCUUGGUUGCUACCAUUGUUGAUGUGAAAUAUGAUUGAAGUUCUUUACGUGAGGUUUGAAUAUAUAUAUAUAUAUAUUCUAUAAAUAGUUAAGACUAAUCAAAAGAUGUUUACAUUUAUUUGAGAGGAUUCGCUGCUAAAAAUUGCAUAGGGUUGUUAUUCAAUAUUUGGCUUUUACCGGAAAGGAAAGAAAUCCUAAAACAUUAAUUUUUUUUAAUGAUGUUUGCGUGGUAACUUGUGUGAUAGUGCACAUGUUGAUAUGUCACUAUUUAUCUUAUAUGCACAUAUAUUUUUUGUGGAUUGCUAUGUGAGCUACCAUGUUAAAAAAUUUAAUGUUUUAUUCAGUAUUUUUGUUAAAAAAACAUAAAUUUGGCUCUUUUUGAAAAAUUGAUAGUCAAAUUCGAUAUUUUAAAAAGAUCAAUGGCCGAUUUUAAUUAAAAAGAGAAUAAAUGUAAAAUUGACCAAAUAUGUAAACGUUAAGAGCUAAAUUUUGAAUUACUUUUAAUUCUAAUAUGGAACAAUUCUUUCUAAUUAUAAAUUGAACAAUGGUAGCAACCAAGUUCAUGGCUAUUCGUUUGGCCUUCCUUUUACUGCUCUUCACCUCUCUUCCAGCUUUUCAUGAAUGUAGUAGAAGCAGCAGCAUCCAUGGCAAUGAACUUGACCCAGGCAGCAAAAUAACACUAGGACCAUAUCAUAGACCUUGUCCUACAUCGGGGCCAGCUUCCGGCGAUGGCAUAUUCCGCAGCUGUUGGUGCUGCAUAUCAAGAAAAUCAGAGUGUUAUACUGUGAGAGCCGAUUGCGAAAAGAAUUGCCCCCUCGGACCACCUCCUGAUCUUCCAUUUCCAUAACUAGACUUAGCUUGCCUUUUGAUAUAUUUCAAAUAAUCAUG